AUGCAAACUAUUGAUAAUAUUCGAUUUAAUCAUUCGAUCUAUUUACCAGGUGAUAAUUGGAUAACAUUACUUCACGAUAUAUCUGGAGUGCAUAUUCCUAUCAUGCUACCCAAUGCCCACCUGAUAACUUUUGUUGAAGCUUUUCGAUCGACAGCAACAUGCAGUCAACGGAUACAGAACAAUACCAACAAAAACGUAACGUUAUUUGCUUACGAGGACAAUCUGAAUUGGUUAAUUGCAAACGGUUCUGCUAAUCGUCUGCCUCAUUUGCAUAAAGUACAUAUUUUUUGUUCAUCCACUGAUAAACAACAGUUUUGGAAGUCAUGGAUGCAGCGUUAUCGUGAUCGUUUUGAAGAGCCUUUUCUUGCCAAUGAUCUCGAUUAUCAAUUAUUAUUAAUAGGCGAUAGACAUAUCGAUAUUCUGAAACAGCAAUUCAUCGAUGUGGAAAGUGUGCAGAAUCAUCUUAUUCAAGAUCAACGAGCCAUCUGCCAAGCGUUAGCUACUCAUUUCCUGAAUAAAGUCAAUGCUGAAGACGAACGUAUUCGAUUUAGUGAAGAAGCCCGAGAAUAG